GUUUCAAGUCGCCGCAAACAAAAAAUUUCUGUUAAAAUGUCCUCUGCCGACGACGAAGCCGAGCCUCUUUACACAUUUUACGAGCCAAAUGCCUCUGACGAAAACGGAGACGACGACGAUGACAUUCAAGCCAAAAUCAACCGCGAACUCGAAUCUUUUUGCAAGGAAGCAACCGAAGCUCAAGAAGAAAUCGUCAACCUGAACGUGAAAUUGCAAGAAAAGGACCAAAAACUGCGCGAAAUGGAAAUCAACUACAAAAUGGAAAUGCUAAAAUUCAUCGAAAAAGUCAUCGAUCAUCAAAAUUCGAUGAAAAAACGCGAAAAAGACCUCGAAACGGAAAUCGAGGAGCUUAAAAAGAAAACCCAGAACCACAAAUUGCGCGAAGAAAAGCUCCGACGAGAGAAUCGCGAACUAGAAUCCCGUUUGGAAGACGUUUCAGGCCGAAAAUCGCGCGAAGAUAGUCUCCGCACGGAGAAUCAGGAGCUGAAGAAGAAACUUUUAAGCCGCAAAUCACGCGAGGAGAUCCUAAAAACGGAAAGUAACGACAUGCGAAAGAUGCUGGAGCUGCAAAAAUCACGGGAGGAAAAACUUUUGAAGGAAAUCGCCGAACUUCGGGAGAAAUUGGCAGGUCACACGGCACGCGAAGACAAAUUACGAAGCGAAAACACGGAUUUACGCGGCAAAUUAGCCCUUUCCAAGUCUCGGGAGAACAUAAAUUCGAACGUUUGUCGAAAAUAUUCCAAAUCAAUCCAAGAAGACAAACUAAAAGCUGAAAAUUUAAACCUCCAGAACAAGUUGGAGAUGCAAAAAAGUCGCGAAGAACGCCUAAAAAUGGAAAAUAACGACCUCGAAAGGAAAUUAACUGAAGCUCUCGAACAAAAAAUGUCACUUGAGGAGGAAAUGCAGCACUUGAAGGACAAAAUUGAGACGGAAUGGGUGCGAAUUGACUCAGCUUUAACGGAUCUCAAGCGAAAAUUGAUCGAACAAAAGGCUCUCGAGGCAGAAUUGAAGACGGAAAAUGUGGAUUUGCAGUCAAAAUUGAAGAAAAUUUGCGAAAGUUUCGACCUGGAUGCGAAAAAACCGACCUCAGACAGGAGCGAUCGAAGCGACGAGAGCAUAAGACCCAAUUUUAAACUCUUAAGUAGCAAAAGUUCAAAGGAAAAACGUCGUUUUGUGUAACAUUUACAGAUAUAUUUGCUCAUUUUUUUAGUUUUUAUCUUUUUAACUUUAAAAUCUUAUAAAAUAUUUGUACAAGUACGUCAUCUUAACGAGAAUUAUACAAACAGCUUGUUUCACCAGGUA